AUGUCCUUGCCCGAGCAUAGAAAACGUGCGGAGCGUGUCAUCGUCCUAUGUUUCGAUGGCACGUCCAAUACCUUCCAGGCAGAUGGCACCGAAACUGGUGUUGGAACCGAGAUCUCUCCGACCUCUCUCAGCAGCAACCCUCUGCGACGUCGCAGUAAGCUCUUCAGCAGCAAGCUUGUCGACUCGGCCUUGGCUGUAUCCUUCGACCAGCAUGUCCUUGGGGGGUAUAGAUUCCUCAUGCGACAUUAUCGCACCGGCUCCCAGAUCUAUAUCUUCGGAUUUUCUCGAGGAGCAUACACGGCUCGCUUUUUGAACGAGAUGCUGGACCACGCCGGGCUGCUGUCCGCCGAUAACGAAGAGAUGAUCCCCUUCAUUUGGGAGGCGUUUUCGUCCUACAAAUUGACGGUUGGGGCCAAAAACCAACUAGAACGGGAGGAAAGUCAAAAAACAUCGAAAUUCUUGACGGCCUGCAGAGAAACGGUUUGUCGCGAAGUAGAUCGGGUUCACUUCCUUGGUUUAUUUGAUACUGUCAACAGCACCGCCGAGUUUCAGGUCAACGCUGAAGUGAAGCCGGAUUCUGAGAUCAUUAGACAUGCAUUGAGUAUCGACGAACGCAGGGUCAAGUUUUACCCGGUCCUCAUAGAACCCAAGAAGGAGUACCAUUUCAGGAUUCAUCGACGCCUAUGGCCAUGGGGUUAUAGAGGCUCAACAACCUGUGGCCAGGGAGGUGGUGAUUCAGGUAAGCAAGAUAUUCAGGAAGUGUGGUUCCCCGGUUGCCAUGCAGACGUGGGUGGAGGUUGGGACUUUUCUGAAGGUGAAGCUUGGAGGCUGUCCCAUGGGCCACUUGUUUGGAUGGUGCAUGAAGCGCAGCGCGCUGGGCUUCGUUUCGACAAAGAAAAGCUCGAUAUGCUCGUGGGUAUCGAGAAGCAACAUAAAAUUGAUACUGUGGGCAAAAUCAGCGAAAAGCUGGCUCGGGACAGCUCCGCGGAUCUUGACACGUCCCUUCACCUUUCGAGCACAAAAGGCGUACUGCAUGAUAGUCUUGAAACGGGUGAAGGAACGGGCUUUUGGCGUCUGAUGGAGCAUAUACCGUUCCGGCGUAUGGUGCUCCAGGUCGAUGGCUCGUGGAAACCCACUCGGUGGCCACUACAUCGGGGAAGGAGCAGAGACGUUCCGAAAUAUGCGCAGAUCCACGUCUCUGCAAUUGAGCGGAUGAAAGCUGACACAACCUACCGACCAAUGAAUGUUAUUCUGGAGGGUCCUGCAGGUCGGAAGGAUAAAGCCUCUGUCCAAUUUGAGAUCGGGGAGUGGAAAGUCUGGUGUCAUAAAGGCGAUCGCGUGCGAGAGGCGUACGUUCGUGAAUACUAG